UAAGAGCAUGAUUAUAUAUAUUUUAAGAAACAAAUUUGCUUUGUUGUUUGUGUAAGUAAAAUAGGAAUAGAGAAAAAAAGAAACUAAUUCUUUGCUGUCAUAUAUAGAUAGACAGAUAAUAUUGUUCUUGCUGCUCUUCAUUCACUACUGCUUCGGUUGCUCCGUAUCCAAUUCCUUUCCCUAAAAAUAUGAGUUAUGGAAGCUCAUGAGAAUGUUAGCUUCUUCUUCUUCGUCGUCGUCUUCUUCUUAUGCCAUAAAUGAAUAUCGUCAAGAAAGUUUUCGUCCUGAAAGUUUCCGAAUCGGCCACUUCUUGUUGCAGGGAUGGGAACUAAACUAGCAAAUGGUAUUGAUGUUCUAGCACCACCUUCAACCUUUAAAAAGAUGAAUUGCAACUUCCAAAUUGACAGCAGAAUGCCCCACAAAAACAACCUAGAUAUCAUCAAAAACACAAUGCAGAUCCAAGAAGAUAUCUUCCAACACCAGGUUAGGGAGCUUCACAGGCUGUACAAUAUUCAAAAGCUAUUAAUGGAAGACUUGCAGAAGAAGCAAAAUAACCCUAAAACAUCACUCAAUCCAAUAAACAGUUCAUCAGAAAUUACAAAUUCCGAUCAGUUCACUAACCGGAAACCGAACUUGACAACACAACAAACCAUAUCUUACUACAAUUUUAACCUUCAGAAUACAAGAGAUGUUCCAAGUCCAAGAGAAAGAACCGGCAGCUGCUCCGGCGGGACCAUGCGAAUAAUCACGAGAGGAUUUGAUCUUGAAAUUAGACCUAAUAAUAGACCUACAGAAGAAGAGAUAUCAACUUCUAUUAGCGGCACCGUCGAUCACGACCGCCGGACGACUAGUUCAUCAUGCCGACAACUGAUCGGAACUAAAAGAAGUAACGACGGUGCGUGCAAGUGCUCCGGCGAGGAAAGUGAAGUAGAGUUGACGUUAAGCAUAGGAGGCAGCAAGUGCAAGAAAUCAUCAACAUAUCAUGUUCAAGAACCGCUUGAUUCGCCGGCGUCAAUUAAAUCGGAACUCAGUGGUACUCCGACAACUCCGAUGAGUAGCUCUAGUACGGCGACAAUGUUCGAUCAAGAUAGAAAACAGCCGCAUUGGCUGUUCCAAAGUUUAAGUAUAAACAGGAGUACUACUUGAUCAUAUUUCUGAUAUUCAUUCUGUAUCUUAAUUUUCCAUCUUUUUUUUAAUAAUUUUUUUGGUAAAUUUUAAACUCUUAUCAUUUUAUCAUUUUAGUGACCACAUUAAUCUAAUAAAUGAUUAAAUUGUACUUUA